UAAGUCUUGGCAUCUAAUAUUCAAUUGUUCUUCACCAUUCUUUCGACAUAAGUUGAAGCUGUCAAAAAAUAAAAAGAUCGGCUUUUCGUGUUCGAUUUAGCCGACCGACACGGCAACGAUUGCUGACACAUCACGGUUAACAUUCCGUAAAAAAAAAGAAUUGAGCUUUAUCACUGACAACGAGUUACAAGAUAAUGCUGCACAUUGACGUGUCCAGAGUCGGAGUGCUUUAUUUAGUGUUAAAGUGAAAAUGUGCCUCUGUCAUAUUAAUAUUGAUAGAUAUUCAAAAAUUAAGUCACUUUGCGAUAAGUUCGAAAUAGCACGGUGUAAAGAAGUUGAUUUCGAAAAAAAUUGUUUAAAAUAUAAAUACACCAAUACAACUGUAAAAAAAAAUCGGAUUUUCUAGUUAUUCUAUUACCGGCAGCAAUACUUGAUUAAUUGUUGUCACAGUUGUUUGUUGGAGCCUCUUUAGUUUAUAACUUUAAAGGCUUUGAAGUGGAACGGUUGUUGUCUAGACGUGAGUCGGUGUUGUUGGUUGACCUCGUAUUGAUUUCUUUGUUCAAUUUAGUUUACAAGCAAACUAAAGUUUUUGUUAAUUUUGAAAUCGAAAAUUUCCACAAAAGUCAUGUACAACAACGGUAAUGUCUGGGAGUCGUGUCGAUUCGAUCAGGACACCCAAGAAUUGCUAUUCUAUGAAGAUGGGGAUCAGUUUUCGACGUAUGAUCCGAAAAUCGCGAUGCUUUCGAAUUCGAAUCUUUGUGUAAAUGUGCCGGUUGUAGUUAAUCAACAAGUUCCAAGCCCUCAAUUUUUGACAGCUCCUAAAGAGCAUUGUGUGAAUUUUAAUUCACCGUAUAACCAACUGCCAACAGUUCCUUUAGCUUAUACACCACCGCCCCUGCCAAUGCUGCCAAAUCAUCAAUUUAUCUCAUCUCAACCAUCACCAAUAAUACCUCCACCGCGACCACCACCAGUGCAACAGUUUGGUUGUGGUGGAGGUAUGCCUGUUGCACGUCAAGUUAUUACAGCAGCACCCUAUUAUAACAUUGAGUGCAGGGACGCGACUUUUGCACCCUGUCAAAAUGUCCAACCUUGGACUUAUGCUUAUUGCUAUGGAUAUGUUAAUCAACAGCCCUGUCAGUUUACAGAGUUUGUUGAUAUCGAAGAUUUUAUGAGCAAUGAAAAACGUAAAGAAAAGUCUCGUGAUGCGGCCCGUUGCAGACGAUCACGUGAAACAGAAAUAUUCACUGAUUUGGCACAGGUUCUACCAUUGCCCAAGGACAAUGUCGAUCAAUUGGACAAGGCAUCAAUUAUGCGUGUUGCAAUUGCUUAUUUGAAAAUACGCGAUAUGCUUCAUUUAUUUCCCAAAAUUCAAGAUAUUCCCAAAGAAGAAUCUGAAAAAUCAGAAACCUCUAUCAUUUCCAACAAAAUCACCAACAACGAUGAAGAUUAUUCUCAAUCAAGCAACGAUGAAAAAGAACCAAAACCAUUUGAUUUGUGGAAAGCAGCUGAAACACAUAAAAUCUUGUCACAAGCUUUAGAUGGAUUUAUGAUUAUUUUAUCAAAUGAUGGAGAUGUUACUUAUGUUUCGGAAAACAUUAACGAAUAUUUGGGCAUUUCAAAGAUUGAUAUGUUGGGUCAACAAAUCUGGGAAUACGCCCAUCAAUGCGAUCAUGAUGAGCUAAAAGAAGCACUCAAUAUUAAGAAAAGUAUUUUAUCUGAAAAAGUUAAAGAUGAAAAUCUCAUUGAAGAGGGAAUCACUACAGAUCAUCGUGAUUUGUUUAUUAGAUUGAAAUGUACAUUGACAAGUCGCGGACGUAGUGUCAAUAUUAAGAGUGCUUCUUAUAAGGUAAUACACAUUACCGGACAUUUAGUGGUAAAUGCCAAAGGCGAUCGUGUACUCAUCGCAGUCGGCCGUCCCAUUCCACAUCCAUCAAAUAUUGAGAUUCCAUUAGGAAGUACAACAUUUUUAACCAAACAUUCGCUGGACAUGAAGUUCACCUACGUUGAUGACAAAAUGGAUGAUUUAUUCGGGUAUAAACCUGAAGAUUUAUUAGAUAAAUCAUUAUACGAAUGUCAUCAUGGAGGUGAUUCCGAUAGCCUCAUUGGAACUUUUAAAUGCGCACUCAGUAAGGGACAAGGUGAGACAUGUCGUUAUCGUUUCUUGGGAAAAUGUGGUGGUUAUUGUUAUAUUGUGACACAAGCCACAAUUGUCUAUGACAAACAAAAACCACAAAGUGUUGUUUGUGUUAACUAUGUUAUAAGUAAUCUUGAAAACAACAAUGAGAUUUAUUCACUUGCUCAAUUCGAAGCAAGUCAAUUACAACAGCAACAACAACAACAACAACAACAAGUUGAUGAUAAAAUCGACUCAACUGUCACAUCAUCACCUAAACCACAAAUUGUCAUUGAAAAUCAACAACAACAAAAACCAAUUGUUGAAAUAACUACAGAAAACAAACCCAAAUCAAUCAUUAUUCAAAAACAACAACAACAACAAAAAGAUUCAAAUAUAAAUAUUAUCGAUCUUGAAAAAACAGAUCUUGUGCCUAAAUUGUCGUCAAAGAAGACAUGCGUAGACGUCGACGAGAAAAUAUCCACCUCCGCCGCCGAAUUACAAAACAAUUUAAAACGUGAAAAUCCCAAUAACAACACCAACGAUAUCAACAAUCAAUCUCUCAAUAAACCAAUAAUAAUAAAUUCUGAUUCAAUUAAAUUCGUUCCGUCGUCAUUGGUGACACAACCUUCGUCAUCACCAUCAUCUUCUUCUAAUCUUCGUAAUCUUCAACAUCGUCCUGAUUUAUUAUUUGGACGUCAUACUGCUACACCUCCUUUAUCGGUUAUUACUACAAACCCACCGAAAUUUAUCGAAGAAAAACGUCCCAAAUCUGUUACGGCAUCAGUUUUUCGUAUUGCAACUGUCGAAAAGUUGCCUGUUAACGCUUUUGCUAAUUCAUCAUUAUCAUCAAAUACAAUUUGUGGUUCAAUUGCAUUGAAUCAAUCAAAUUAUCCACAAUUGAACGUUGCACCGACUGCUCAAUCGGUAACAGCAUCGGUGUUUACACCAAUUUCGAAAUUACGUGCAUCGUCGCAACAGAAUUUUACACCAACAACACCAACAUCAGGAGCAACAGGUGCAAAUCAACAACAACAACAACAAAACUCAUCUUCAACUGGACAGCGUUCUGUUGAAAUGAAUAAAGGAUUCCAUUUAUCAUUUGCUGACGAUACAACAGGACUUACAAUGCUUAAAGAAGAACCAGAUGAUUUGGCACAUUUGGCACCAACUGGAUUAGAUGAAAAUACACCAUUAUUCAAUGAAAUGCUUGCUGGACUUAUGUCUUAUAGUGGACUCUUGCCAGAUGAUAUUAAUUCAUUGGACUCACAAAACAGUGGCAAUCAGUCGACAAAUAAUAAAGGACACAUUGAUCCAUUUAUUAAUUAUCGUGAAGAAUCAAAUGAUACAAAUUGUUCACAGCAUUUACUAUCGCCAGGUGGUGCCUCAAAGAGUCCAGAAGCCAGCAGCCUACCAUCACUAUGUAGUCCAAAUUCGCUCAGUCAAGAAGAUGACUUCCCAUUCAUGACAAUGAAUGUGGACGAUGAAAUCGAUCUGUCAAUGCGCGCCCCAUAUAUUCCAAUGAACGAACAAGAAGAUUUACCUCUACUCACCGACGAUCUAAUGUGGGGUGUUGGCUUUGCUUCUGAAGAUUUGGCCAUACAUAAAGACGAUGCCAUGCAAUACAAUACAUUAAAACAACAAUUGAAUUUAUCACCAACACAAACAAAUACAUCAACAACAACAACAAAUAACCGAAUUAUGUUGAAUAACCAUCAGAACUGUCAUAACUCAACGAAUCUAUUAUAUUCUUCACCAUCAGCUUCGCCGAUGUCAAUGUCAUCAUCAUCGGCAGCAUCAUCGCCUUCGCCAUGUUCGCCGCAUUCAUCGAUAUCAUCGAUGCACAAUCAAUCAAACUUUGGCGGAGCAAUGUUAUGUAAUAAUGCACGAGGAGGUGGAAGUGGAGGAGGAGGUGGAUGUGGAAGUGGUGGUGGCGGUGAUGGUGGUUGUUCAUCAGGAGCAGGAGGAUGUGGUUCAUCGUUGUGUGUGGAUGACAGUGACAGUGGCAUAAGUAGUAUUAACUCAAUGUCACCACAGCACACACACCAACAACAACAGCAUCAUCGACAGCAACAACAACACCACCACCAUCAUCACCUAAGCCAUCAUCAACAUCAACAACAGCAAACGCAUCAGCAACAACAACAACAACAGCAUCAUUCGCCGAUGUCACUUCGAAAUGAUGGUUUGGGUUUGAUAACGUGUAAAAAAGAAAUCGAUGGAGGCAAUUUGUGUGAAUCAAUUGAUGCCUUCGACAGUGUGUAUACCAAGGAUUCUUCCAAUCUAGAUUGUUGGACGGUACAAGAAUUACUCAACAUUAAUUCAACCGAUUCAAAUAUCGCCAUUGAUAAUAAUUUACAACAACAACAGACGAACAAACAGCAACAACAACAACAACAAAGCAUAAUUAUAAAUACGGCGACAAUGCCAACCACUACCCUGCACGUUCCCCUAAUCACAAUUCAAAAUAAUAAAAAUAUUUCAAUGAACCAUCAACAACAACAACAACAACAGCAACAACAAUUAGAACAACGUUCUACAUCAUCCCCAUUAGGAGGAGCAACGACGAUUGUUGCAACAAAUUCAGCUUCAAAUUGCCACAAUUCAAAUAACACUAGCAGCAAUAAGCAGCAGCAGCAACAAUGCGGCAAUGGCAGUUUAAUUCUUAGCGAGGAAAUUAUCCAAAACAAUAGAAAACUGUCACCGAAAAUACCCACCAGCAAUACGGCUGCUACUAUUCGAAUUACAACCACCAAUGGUGGCAACAUUGGUCGCCAUCAUCAAACGUCACCCAAGACAGCAACCAUUCUUCAUACGACUAAUUUGACAGCAUUGCAGAACAGUGGCAGCACUGGCAACAACCACAAACGUCAUCUAACCACCGGAGGUGCUUCGACAUUGGAAUCGAAACGUUUGAAGAAUUCCUCCACUAGUGCGGAAAUUCAAACGUCACUGCUGCAACAAUUGAUGGCUACAGCGCCCCAACAAAAGCAAAAGGUAGUGGUCAGAGGCGCAGGGGGAUAUGACAAAUCCCAGUCGACGUCACGUUGGAAUAAUGAAAAUGGUGGCUCAAUGUCACAGCAACAACAACAAAUGCUUCGAAAUCAGGACCGUAACCAUCAAUCACUAAAUCAGUCGCUGAAUUCAUCAUCGUCAGCAUCGAAUUCAGUACUGAAGAAUUUACUCAUCAGUGGAUGCGAUGUAAGUGCUGGUUAUUGUAUAGUGCCUGUGCGACCGAAAAAGUUAGCAAAGGCAUGAACCUUAUUAAAUCCAAAUCAAUCGUUCACACCUUUUAUCCCACCCUUAAAACCCUCAUCAUCCCUAUUUUCCCAUGCGUUGUUGUAAAUUAUUUUAUUAUAAUUUUUUUUUUAAUUAAUUAAAUAAAUAUUAUUCAUUUUACAAUGAAAAUUGUAAAAUGGGUAAAAAUCCACGGAUGAUUUAGAGCGACAUUCGCCACCAUUAAUAUAAUUUUUUUUUUUUGGUAACGUUUUCUACCAAAAAAAAAAAAGGUUUUAAUUAUAAAACAAUGGAAGCGAAAAAUUUAAUUUAAGUAAAAAAAUUGUAAAUUUUCUUAAAACAAAUUUUAUUGUUAUUUGUACAGUGCGUAGCAAAACAAAAAAAUAAAUAAGUAAAAAAAAAAUAUUAAUCAUUUUUAAAAACAAUUUUUACAUUUUGUAAAUGGAUCGAUUUUAUUAUUAACUUUUUUGUUAGUUAAAAAAGAAAAGAAAAAAAAAACUAUAUAAAUAUUAUAAAUAAUUUUAAAAAAAAUAUGAAAUAUUAUUAGUAAAUAUUAAUAUUAUCACUUUUAUCUUUGUUGUUAAGUUAGUUUGUAGAGAUAAAUAAAAAAAAUAUUUAAGAAAAGUUUUAAUGCUUUAAUUUUUAGUUUUAUUUUAAUUUUGUAAAUAAUUAACAUAAACACACACAAAAAACACACUAUAUUACCGAGAAAUAUUAGCUAAGUAAAAAUAUUGUUUUAGCUAUUUUUAUGUUAUUUCAUACAUCACUGUUAAAUUAUAUUUAAAUAAAAAAAAAUAAUAAAUAAUUAAAAAAAAAAAAAAUUCAUUGCGACUUUAAUUUUUUUUACUGUGAUAGAUAUUUUCUUUUGUUUUUAAUUUUAUUUUUUAAUAAAAAUAAAAAUAUAAAUUAGAAAAAUUAAGUAAAGUAAACAUAAUUACUCUUACAGAAAAAUAAAAUGUAAUUAAACUCAGAACACGAAACCAAAAGAAAAAAAAAAUAAAGAAAAUUACAUAAAAAUAACUUUAACAAUAAAAAAAAAUAUUCUUAUCUAUGUAUAACGAAAAAUUAAGGAAAUAAAAAUACAAAAUCGAAUAAAAUAUAUAUUUUU